AAUAUGUGCUUUGAAAUCAUUAAACGUAGGUGUAUAAAGAAGAAAACGGCGUUUUGUGCAUACGUAUGAUGUUUUGGGACCUUCCUUUGUGGCCUGAUUUCUCCAUGAAGAAGUGAAAAUCACAAUAGACAUUCAUACACCAUUCGAUAGAGAAUUGAAAGGGCUACAUUUUGCACUAUUUAUCUUUGAGAAACGAGCAACUUUAAUUUUUUGCCUAAUUUCCGUCUGGAUGCCCACUGUGCGCCAGUGGGUUAUUUAUUGUCGGUUACUCCGUUUAUCAGUCACUUAUCUUGACUCCACACUUCAGUUACAUGAAAAAGUGUAAUCAAUCUCAAACGUGUGAAACUCAAAUUCAUUGAAUAGAAUGCUCGGAUAUGGUCAGAAAAUAUGAAAAAUCUUAUUUAAAAUAGUAAAAUCUCUUAUAUUACACAAACGGGAGAAAUCGAUAAUGGCGUUGUUUAGUACCUUAAAAUUAAGAAUUUUUCUUAUACAAUGUUUAACAUUAUCAAUUAUUGACAACAAAUACGAUCAUUCAGUUACGCAAAUAAAUAAUUUUUAAGUAUUUUUACAAAAUCUUUGUUAUAAAAGAACAUUAAAACUAAUUAUACGCGUAUAUUUCGCUCAUAUCACAUUGCAUCCUUAAAGACAUUUUAUUUACAAUAACGUUAUAUUUUUUUUCGUCGUUUUCUCUCUUUUCUCUUCAUUUUAUUUUACAAAAAAUAUAACGGCAAAAAUUUGUUCAAAAAUAAAAAUUACCUGAUACAAACAAAAAAACAAUUUCAACAUUGAGAUUUCAACGUAAGGUUGUUCCUGUUUCUCAUACAUACUUCAUAACAAUAUUCAGUUGUUGAUUUAUUAAUAAAAAUUGGACGCUAUUUAGCUGGUUCAUACACAGAUAAAUGUUUGAAUUCCUUGUUUUCUUUUUUUGGUUUAUUCAUUUGAAAAUAUAUCAAUUUUCUGAAAAUAAAACGAAUAAUAAUCUAAGAAAAACAAAAGUUAACAAAAAGACUACGAAAAUCAUUCGAAAAACUAUUUUUACUCAAUCAAAUUAACAAAUACAUAGAUAAAUCACUAAACAAAGAAGCAGAGCGAUUAACAUCGUGUAGUCUGGACAAAGCCAUAUAGCUUAUGUUUAAAAUCAAUGAGAAUCUUAUACAGUGCAUGUGAGACGUAAAAAACCCAGCACAAGCGUAAAACGAAUGCUUGACUACAUGGAUCUUAUGAACUCAAAAGAGAGAUUGCUUUUCAUCGUUAAAGGACGGGGAACGGUUUCUGCUAGAAAAUGCCUAAUAUGAUUUCGAGUGGAAAUGCUUCCCUUUUCACUUCCCACUUUUAAAAGUUCCUUCUCAUGUCUUUCAGACAAAAAUUGCUUUUCCUUUUCCGCCACCAGUUCAACAAAAGCCAUUUACCCUUUUCUGCAAAUUUCUCGUCCGAUUUCAAAGUAAGGUGAGGAACCCAAACGCUUCAAAGAAGCGUUUGGGUGUUAUCUAUGCGCUACAGUGUGUCAUAAUCACAAGAACUCCUUUCUUUUUUAUUUCUCGGUAAAAGCUGGAACCAAUCUGAACACUGUUUUGAAUAGCCUGACGAUUUUUCUAACAGAUGAGGUGCAUAUCAUCGUUUCAUGAGAAAAGCUGAUAAUAGGGUUUCUGGAAAACCUGACCGCUAGAAAACCAAGUUCAUGGUUUUUGGUCAGAAAAUUUUGCGAACCAUAUAGCCUGAUAGAGCAAAGAAUUCUGAGGUAAAUAAGACAUCUGUAAGGUGUCUAUAAGGCUUUUUCACACAAGGGAAAGCCAGUCGAUUUACGAAUAGCUACAAAGCGCGUGAAAAAUAUCAAAACAUUCCUGUGACCAAGCCUUAUAGACAGCCUGGAGAUGUGCUAUUUUCUUCAGAAUUCUUUAGUAAGUAACAUUUAACAUUAGUGAAAAGAGCAUUUAAUCUGGUCUAUCCGCUACUUGUAGAUUGUAUAAUAUCAAUAGGAAAAAAGUUUGUUGACAUUAUUUUUAGGAAGUAACCGUGGCUGAAAUAAAACGUGCUUAUCGUGAAUUAAGUAAAAAACAUCAUCCUGAUCGUGGUGGUGAUCCAGAACAGUUUAAAGAAAUUUCCAAAGCUUAUAAAACAUUGACAGAUGAAGAAGCCAAAAAUAAUUGGAAACAGUAUGGUAAUCCAGAUGGACGUGGUGUAACUCACUUUGGUAUUGCAUUGCCAAAAUGGCUUGUUGAUCAUAAAAAUUCUGUAUUUGUUCUCUUAGCGUAUGCUGGAAUAUUUAUGAUUGUAUUGCCGGUUAUUGUGUGUGUUUGGUGGCAAAAAUCAGCACGUUAUGCUGGUGAUCAUAUUCUUAUUGAGACAGCACAAUUAUAUUAUAUUCUACUUGGACGAACACCAAAUAUGAUUAUCAAACGUGCACUGAUGAUACUGGGCUCAUCAAUGGAAUUCGAAAAAACACGAAAUCCAGCGAUUAUCGAAUGUCCAAGUGAUAACACUGAAUUGCCUAAACUAAUAAAAGAUUUACCAGAUGUACAAGAGAAAACAAAAGAACGUCCAUUUCAAUUUCCUUAUAGUUUAAAAGCCCGUGCUCUGUUACAUUCUCAUCUUCAACGUAAAUUUACGGCUAAUAAUGUGCCAUUACGAUCUAUGAUUUCCUUUCGAAAUGUGUUUUUUAUGUUAUACUCCGUUUGCUUAAUAUAG